AUGGAUCAAGAGCGUGUAAUAGAGCAUGAACGAACAAUAGUUGAUUUAGAUGCAAAUGUCUUUGCUGUGAAAUGGAGCAUGGAUGAUUCGCAAAUUGCGACAGCAGGCUCAAAUGGAACUAUAAAAAUUUAUUCUGCAGCUACCGGGAACUGGAUCAGAACCUUAAAUUGUCGAAUAGGAAUAGAUGCCUUACCAGUUAAAAACGAAAUAAAAUGUUGAAAUUGACGGAAAUUGGACUCCGAGGCACAUUCCUCUGGAGCAUAUGAUACCCAUCUGAUGAAUCUGAAAAUAGCUCCUCUGUCCACUUUUUGAAUUAGGCCUUAGGGUUUGGGAUAACUUGCUGAAGAGGAAAGCUUUGUUCCUCUUUGAAGGUUUUCUGUCCCUGGCAGAUGGGUUGGAGAUUUGCCUACAGCAUGAUCUUCCUAAGGGGCUAUCGAGACGUCCUCUAGAGAGUCAAUCCCUUGGACACGUGGUUCAGAUCGGAUAUUCAAAAGGGCAGCCUUCUAUUUUCUCAUUUGAACUUGAGGUCUAUGGAGGCUGGCUCUUCGAGCCAAGACAAGAUAACAACUAGUCGUUAACUCCGCUUAUAGCGCAUAAUCUUAACUUAACUUAAUUGACCAGUUACAUCAAUUCAAUUCCGACCCCUAAUAUCUCAAGCUAAAACCAAGCAUGUUCUAGUCGCAACCACAGCUGAAGGAUAUAUAAUCCAUUGGCAUUCUACAUCAGGAAAAAUCCUGCAUACAAUAGGUGUGGAAAACAGCCAAGUGCUUUCUGUCAAUUAUGACUCCGAAGGCAAAUAUUUCGCAGUUGGAUGUGAAGAUAUGCACGUUCGAGUUUAUGAUGAGUCAACGAAAACGCUUAUUUCUGAUAUGCUGCCUGGCGAAGGAGAAAGAUCUGGACACGGAAAUAGGAUAUUUAAAGUCAGAUGGUUUGGAGACCAAACUGUUAUCAGUGGUGGAUGGGAUAAUAAUGUUUUGAUAUGGGAUGUCAGAACCCGUCGAGUUCAAAAGUGUAUUUAUGGCCCUCAUAUAUGUGGAGACGCUAUUGAUGUGAAAGGAAAUGAACUAUUAACAGGAAGCUAUACAAAUAAUGACCAAAUCCAAAUCUGGACUCUUCCUAAUGGAGAAAAUGUAUUCACAUCUACUCUUCGAAACGAAAAUAAGCCUUGCAUGCUUUAUGCUGCUCAAUACAGCAAGUUUGAUAGUGGCGCUAUUUUUGCUGUGGGGGGAUCAGGCAGUAACGAGGCUUACUUUUAUGACUCAUUAACUCUGAGACCAUUUGCUGUGCUUUCGAACCUAACUAAAUCAGUUUAUGGAAUUGACUUUGCCAAUACAUCAAAUAGGGCAGCUAUAUGUAGUGGAGACGACACUGUGCGAGUAUUUGAAAUAAGUAAAUCUCGGAUUGUCUCAGAAGCUUAA